UUUUUUGAGAGCGCUUCUCUGCUGCGUCUCUCUCUCUCUUUCUUUCUCUCUCUCGCAAAUCAAAAACCUCAACUUUCGAAAACUUCAUUCUCCAGAAACAUUCUUCUCUUUUACCCAGAAUCUCCUUUCUUUUUAUUUAUUUAUCUCAUUGGCCAUUUUUCCCCAGGGGAAUUGCAUCUAAAAAAUGGCCAAUACCUUUGUAUGAGAACAAACCUAUGGUCUCUUUUUGAUUUGGUAUGAUCUAUAUACCCUGAAGCCUGAAGAUGUUUGUUGGAGGCUUGAUGAUGAUGAACAUAAUUGAUUUUGUUUUGAGAUUGGGGAGUUAAAAGAAUAGAACUUUGGUUCCUCAGAAUCUGUGAUACAAGAGAUUGUGUAGAAGAAAGAAUAAGGCUUUUGGUACGCUUUUCUCCUUUCCUUCUUUUGGUUCUUGAUAGAAUAUGAUAAUGGAGUUUCGUGGCAGCUCCAAUCAGCAUUUAGGUAGGGAUAGGUUCAAUGGGGAAGUCACUUCUGGUAAUAACAACCGUGAAGACAAUAUCUGUGCUCAGACAGGAGAGGAGUUUUCAAAUGAGUUUUUGAGGGAUUUUGGUUCUCAAAGAAGAGUACAGGGUGGUGUUACUAGAAAUGUUGAGGGUAAUCACAAUAAUCGCCAUCUCGUUUAUGAGGAUUUCAACAGAAUUCUUGGGCUUCAGAGAGUUGAGUCCAACAUGUCAGAAGGUAUGAAUUCCUCGAGUGGAUACUUAGCUGAAUCAAACGUUGCAGACUCACCUCGGAAGAUGUUUCAUACUGCAACAUCAAAUGUUUACUUUCCCGAAAUAUUGAAGCUACUUUGUAGUUUCGGGGGAAGGAUCUUACAGCGACCUGGUGACGGGAAGCUUAGAUACAUUGGAGGGGAGACUCGGAUUGUCUCAGUACGAAAACAUGUUGGAUUAAAAGAAUUGAUGCACAAGACUUAUGCUUUGUGCAACCAUCCCCAUACAAUCAAGUACCAAUUACCAGGAGAAGAUCUUGAUGCCUUAAUAUCGGUUUGCUCGGAUGAGGAUCUUCUUCAUAUGAUUGAAGAGUAUCAAGAAGCUGAAACAAAAGGUGGAUCUCAGAGGAUAAGGGUCUUCCUUGUACCUUCAUCAGGAUCAUCAGAGAGUCCUAAAAUUUACAAUGAAAGGAAUAUGAACAUUAACAGAAACACGCACCAGCAGACGGAUUUAGAUCAAUAUCAGUAUGUUUCAGCUCUUAAUGGUGUCGUGGAUGUGAGUCCUCAAAAGAGUUCCAGCGGACAAAGUGGGACAAGUCAGACAACACAAUUUGGGAAUGCUUCAGAAUUUAGCCCUACAUUUCAUCUCCGAGACUCACCUACUUCUGUUCAUACAUGGGAACACAAAGACUCCAACAGUCCAACCUUCAUGAAACCAUGUACGAACACGAAUGCUGUUCAUUUUUUGCCGAAAAUGCAGAUUCCGAGGAACUCAUUUGGUCAACAAUCUCCUCCAUCAUCUCCUUUUUCAGUUCACAAGAGAGCAAAUACCGACGUUCCUUACUUUGUUGAUCGAAAUGGUUUCUUUGACCCUUACUUGGUUACUCCAAACUACCCACAGCAACGUAGAUUCUUGUUUGAGACUACUACACAAAUGCAGAAGCAUCCAGAAAUGAAUCUUCAUGACCGGAGGCCAAGCGACGAUAUUUACCCCCACGGUCAAGGUUAUAUGGGAGCCGAGAAAGUGAGGCUUAAGAAAAACGCUCUUUCUGAUCCGCAGCUGCAUGAUGAGAGCCAAAUCAACAAUGGGUUAGAAGCAUUUACCAAACAACCAUGGAAAAUAUUGAGAAAGAAACUACAUGUUGUGGCAACGUCAAAGUGGGAAGAUAGUGAUGAUAUAUAUUUCAAGAAUCCAGAAGGCAAGAGGAGUAAAGAACUCGAAUUCAGCAAAAACGUUCCUAAUAACUGGAUCGACCCUGAUCGUAGUCAUGGUUCUUUUGAUCAGGCAUCAAAGAAACAUGGUGGCAGUAACAGUAAUAGCUCUUUCAGUCCGAAUUAUUUUAGUCCGAAUUAUCAACCAGCUGUUCAGGUUACUUCAAGUGAUUCACAAGAUUCAGGAAGCUCUGUGUUCUCUUUAUCAGUUAACACCAACGAAAAUCAUCUCGAUUGUUCGGAAGGCAAAUUUAAUGGUUUUCAGCAAGACAUAUCACUAGAUAAUCUUAUCAGAAGCCACGCUUCAGCUACAGAUCAAUUAUGUAGUACAACCAAAUCAUGUGAUCAAGCAGAUUACUCUUUACCCAAUACAGAUUACCCUGUGGAAUCUGUGGGACAAGAGCCUAUAAUUCUGAGACGUGAUUUGGAGACAAAACGUGAUGAUUCAGAAAUCCAGAAUUAUCUUCCAAGAGAAGAGAGUAUUCACUAUAGUGGUUUGCCGCUUAGGAAGGUGGGAAGUAGAGAAGCUGCGUUUAUGCAUACGCAGGAAUCAGAUGAUUUCUUCAAAAACAAGGUGCUUGGUCCACAGUUAAUAGUUGAGGAUGUGACAGACGAAGUAACUUCGGAUGCUCUCUUGUCAGCUACUAUUGUCCCUCAUAUACAUAGUGAGUCAGAUGAUGAUCACAAAUCUGACACAAGGGAGAAAGAGAUUACAGAUGCUGGUCAUGAAUCUGCAAUGGAGGAAAAGAACAAGAAAAGCAGAAACAACUCUGAUUCGUUUAGUGAAGCUGCAAUGGUUGAAAUUGAAGCCGGAAUCUAUGGCUUACAGAUAAUUAAAAACACUGAUCUUGAAGACUUACACGAGUUAGGAUCUGGUACAUUUGGAACGGUUUACUAUGGGAAGUGGAGAGGAACUGAUGUUGCUAUCAAGAGGAUAAAGAAUAGUUGUUUCUCUGGUGGGUCAUCUGAGCAAGCACGACAGACUAAAGAUUUCUGGAGAGAAGCUCGGAUAUUGGCGAAUCUUCACCAUCCUAAUGUGGUGGCCUUUUAUGGAGUUGUACCAGAUGGACCUGGUGGAACAAUGGCAACAGUGACUGAGUAUAUGGUGAACGGAUCUCUUAGACAUGUUUUGCAGAGAAAAGACAGAGUACUUGAUAGGCGCAAAAAGCUGAUGAUAACUUUAGAUGCUGCAUUUGGCAUGGAAUACCUACAUAUGAAAAAUAUUGUUCAUUUUGAUCUUAAAUGCGAUAACUUGCUUGUAAACUUGAGGGAUCCACAACGACCUAUUUGCAAGGUUGGAGAUUUCGGAUUAUCGAGAAUCAAAAGAAAUACCCUUGUCUCUGGUGGUGUAAGAGGAACCCUUCCAUGGAUGGCACCAGAGCUGCUGAACGGAAGCAGUAAUCGCGUCUCUGAGAAAGUAGAUGUUUUCUCAUUUGGUAUCGUGCUGUGGGAGAUCUUGACAGGCGAAGAACCCUACGCGAAUCUGCAUUGUGGUGCCAUCAUCGGUGGAAUUGUGAACAAUACGUUGAGACCACCUGUGCCAGAACGGUGUGAAGCAGAGUGGAGAAAGUUGAUGGAGCAAUGCUGGUCAUUUGAUCCAGGAGUACGACCAUCGUUCACGGAGAUUGUUAAUAGGCUUCGCUCUAUGACUGUUACCUUACAAGCCAAGCGACGAACCUAAAAGCCCUCUCCUUACUUGUACAUGAUUCUUUUUUAUUGGUGGGUUAUUGGCUGAAAGAAAGUGACAAGAAGAUGGGAAAAGUAAAGAUUUGUGAGAGAUGUGCGGUGUUUGUAAAUUAGUAUCGACGAAUUUACCGGUUUAGGUAAAAGAUGUAUACCAAGAAAGUUGAGGGUCUACUGUGUAAAACACAGGUUCCCUUUCAAAAUUCUUUUUUUUUUUAAUGUAAGGAAAAUGUUUACUUUACUCGAUCAUCUAAAGAGAUAUACUUCUGACAACCCUAUCAUGGUUACCAAUAGAGCUGUUUCUUUUUCGUUU